UUCAUGUCAAAUGAAAUCCAUCGCAGCAUAAAAUGUCAAAUACAAGUUUGCUUGAUUUCCAAUACAGCCUCUCAAGGAAAAAAUACUUGAGGAAGCCAUCACGUCUGUUCUCAUGGGACCGGCAGAACUCGGGGCCGAAGAAUGUAUUUCCUCAGCCUAAGGCUGAUGAGAUGAAGCAGGUGUUUGACAAGUUUGAUUCCAAUAAAGAUGGGAAAAUUUCUCAACAGGAGUACAAAGCCACCAUGAAGGCUCUAGGCAUGGGGGACUCGGUUCAUGAAGUGCCGAAUAUUUUCAGGGUGGUUGAUUUGAAUGGAGAUGGAUUCAUCAACUUCAAGGAAUUUAUGGAAGCUCAGAGCAAGGGUGGCGGGGUUAGGAUGAUGGAUAUACAGAGUGCAUUUCGGACAUUUGAUAAGAAUGGCGACGGUAGAAUAAGUGCUGAAGAAGUUAAAGAAAUGCUGGGAAAGCUGGGAGAAAGGUGCAGCAUUGAGGACAGUCGGCGAAUGGUGAGAGCUGUAGACACUGAUGGAGACGGCAUGGUUGACAUGGACGAGUUCACAACCAUGAUGACACAGUCCCUGAGGCAUGUUUGAAUGUUUAUGGCUAUCAUGUUUAUUGAGGUUGUAUUUAGGGUCAUCUCAAUGAAAGCUAUCUCUGUUGUAUUUAGAUUUGUGCAUGUGUUUAAUAAACUGGAUUUUAAAAUCAGUGGAACAAUACAACUGUACUGUUAAAACGGACAACUCUAUUGCUUGUAAUGAAUAAUAAUACUAAUAAUAUAAAAACUUUAUUGUGCUUCAA